CAAUUGUGAUUCAUCAAUUGAGUCAUUUUAUGACGUUUGAAUGACGUCAUGGACUAACCACGUGUUUAAAUGAUUAUUACAUCAUAGUAACUAUUAACAAGCUUUGCUGAAAAAUUCUUUGUAACUUAUGACGUCACAGUGGAUAUUCAUCCAACUGGCUAUGUCACAGACGACCAACAAUUGAAACUUCUUCAGUUUUCCUUUCAACGCCCGAGGCAUCGAUGCCGCGUAUAUAUUGUGACGCAAUAGAACGAACAAUCGUUAACAGCGAUCGCCACCAAAAAGAAUUCGGAAAAAUGUUUUUUAUAUUUAUAGUUUUAUUAGAAUUGUCGCAGAGUACAGGGAAUGUAUUAACAGUGAACCGCGGGUUCGAAGGCGCGAUUCCCGCGAUCCCAUCUUUAUCUUGCGACUUUGAUUUUGACUUUUGUUCUUGGAGAAAUGAUUCAAGCGCUGAAUUCACGUGGAUUCGUAGGCAAGGGGAGACGCCUUCUAUAUAUACCGGUCCACCGUGGGAUCAUACAACUAAAGAUGCGAAUGUUGGGCAUUAUAUUUACAUUGAAACAUCAUCACCAAGACAAAAAGGCGACAAAGCUCGUUUGGUGAGCCAAGUUAUCGGCACGGCGGGGACGUACUGUCUAAGGUUGCAGCUCCACAUGCACGGACUUAACGUGAAAGAUUUGAACGUUUACCUUAAAGGCCGGCUGACGCAUCGAGUUAGAAUGUUGACAAGAUUAUCGGGUCCGUGGUCAAUCGAGGGGCGAGAUGAACCACGUGUGUUUGGGGAAGAUGGUGAUUGGUGGAACGAAGAGAGGGUGGAGUUUAAUAUCGUGGAACCUGCCCAGUUGGUGUUAGAAGGUGUCCGUGGUGAGAAUUACCGUGGCGAUAUCGCUAUUGAUGACAUCACAAUCACCCAAUCUUCUUGCCCGAGUGCACUGGUUGAUUGUUCGUUUGACAAUGACACUUGUGGUUGGCGACAAAUGUUUGAUGAUGAUUUUAAUUGGUUGCCCAAUGUUGGAGAGACUCGAACGCGCGAUACCGGACCAUCAAGCGAUCAUACGAGAGCUGAUAACGUUGUUUAUGACAUCACAGAUGGAAGAUAUUUGUUCAUCGAAGCAUCAUGGCCGAGGGUAGAGGGCGACAAAGCGCGAUUAUUGUCGACGGAUAUUUCGUGCGCGACGAACACGUCUCCCACAUUCACUUUCUGGUACAACAUGCACGGUACAGGCACGGGUGUGUUGCGCGUUUACACCAUGGUUGGUGCGACGACCAACUUAUUAUGGCAACUUAGUGGCAACCAGGGUGAAGACUGGAGACGCGCGUCCGUACAAAUACCAACCAACUUCGUUAAUAGUAACGAGAGGUUUAAUAUAAUAAUCGAGGGCGAAAGGAAAGAUUACAAAGGUGACUCAGCGAUUGAUGACAUCACAAUGACUGGUUGUUACAUCACCAACGACGACAAUAACACCGGCGUUUACAAUUCAAGCGUAACGGCCGCGACCUCUACGCAACCUUUCACCCCUAUAAAUAUAACGGGGGUUGUGGACGGGGAUUCCCCACUGCUGGACUCGCUGUCGUGCAACUUUGAUCAACAAAAUAUAUGCGGGUGGUCACAUGACGUGAACGGGGAUUUUGAUUGGACGAUAAAUAAAGGGAAGACGCUAUCGUUACGAACAGGACCGAUUCAUGACCACACAAGCGGGGUUGGUUGGUAUAUAUACAUGGAAGCUUCAUCACCACGGUUACGGGGACAAACUGCCAUCCUCCGCACCCCCCCUAUUCCCGCCUCUCUACGUAUCUGCAUGCGUUUCUACUAUCAUAUGUUCGGCAAGAGCAUGGGGUCCUUGAGUGUUUUUAUUGCGAGGCCCUCCGUUCCAAGGUUAAUCCCCAAGUGGUCGGCCGACGGACAGCAAAGUUCGAACCAAAGCGAGUGGAAAUUUGCCGAAGUCGAUUUAUUCCAAACGUUUGUUUACCAAAUAAUUAUUCGAGGCACUAGAGGGAGCAGUUUCUACUCGGACAUGGCGAUUGAUGACAUCACAAUCACUCGGGGGGGUUGCCGUAAGUACCGAUUGUUGUAUCACAAAUCAUAGAAACAAUAUAACACCAACUGUAAAGCUAUAUUGGGUUGCUCAAAGUUUCCAAUCUUAAUAAUGCCCCCCAACCCCCCA